AUCAGUUGCGCGCUGGGCUCUUGACGGAACGGUUCACCAAACGGGAUAGCUCGGCAGUGAGAUGUGCUCCGCUAGUGGCAAUGCUGGGACGCCAGUGUAGCUGCGCCCAAGUCAGUCAGUCAGUCAGUCAAUCUAGUCGGUCGAGGCAGUUCGACUCAGGCCCACCUAAUUCAGCUGCAGUGCAGUGCUCGGCCUCCGAUUCGGAUUCAGCUUCUGUUCAGGUAUUUGGCGGCAAGUCCAGCUGGCCAUUUGGACGCGCGCGUUGCAGAGACAAAUUGUUUAUCUUGUGUCAAGUGCUGAGAAUACACACACACACACACACACAGAGAGAGAGAUUGUCUGCCACCCGCUCGCAUCCUGCCCCAACUGCUAGGCAGUGAAAGUUGUCGCUGGCGGUUUCAGCUGUGGGUGCCGUGUGGCGUCGUCUGCGGAGUACUUAGCCAAACAGUUGGUACGUCUACGCCGUAGUAGUCGCAGCCUCUUUGCCGUAGUCGUCUACGGCGUAGUCGUUUUACGUGUUUGUUGUUGAUAUCGUCGCGCGCUCUGCUCUCGCGCGGCUCCACAAUCGGAUGACAUUAUCUGCGGCCCGCGGGAUAUAUAUGUAGACGAUAUACAUAUAUACAUAUAUAUACAUUUAUAUGUGUCUGUAUAUGUGUCUGUAGUGCUGCCGUUGUUGUUUACUUUGUUGUUUUUUUGUCAACCAGACUUAAAUUAAAAGCGAACAAAGUCUUCGCACCUCGGGCUAGCAGAAACACGACUGCUACGACCCCCGCACACCCGUACACACCCGUCAACCGACAACCGACUCCCCGAGUACCCGGAGCAUGCAUCUUUAAUCAGCCCUGAUGAAUUUGGUGGAUGUGCAAAUGUUUGCAGCGAAUGAAUAAAGCAUUAAAUAAGCACUUCCAGGCACUUGUGAACGCAAAGUGAAAAUUCAAGUGUGUCGCUACCGAAAAUUGAGAUAAAUGUUUCGCAAUUAAAUCGACUGCUCCAGCGGAUUACUUUUACGCGGCAAAACUUUAUACGAGCCAAUUUGAAUUAAUUUACCACAGUACUUCAUCGACUCCGACGUUUGCCUGUGAGAGUCCGAAGCAUAAAAUGGAACCCAAAUCCAGCUUAAGCACCCAGGAGGAACGUGCCCUCAAAAGUUCAGAGAAACUCAAAAUGCUGGACAUAACGCGCGAUAAGCCCGUCAAGGUGGCCGUGAAGGUGGCUGUGCCGGUGCGGGAUCACCCGAAGUUCAAUUUCGUUGGCAAGCUGCUCGGGCCGAAGGGCAAUUCGAUGAAGCGGCUACAGGAGGACACAAUGUGCAAAAUGGCCGUGCUGGGGCGCGGAUCGAUGCGCGACCGACGGAAGGAGGAGGAGCUGCGGGCCAGUGGCGACAGCCGUUACGCCCAUCUCUUUGAGGACCUGCACGUGGAGAUUUCGACCUUUGCGGCGCCCGCCGAGGCGCAUGCUCGCAUCGCCUACGCCCUGGCGGAAGUGCGUCGGUUUCUGGUUCCGGACUACCACGACGACAUUCGGCAAGAGCAAAUGUGGGAGAUGCAGGCACUCACGUCCACGCCCACGCUCAGCAACCUGGACGACUCGCAGAGUCCGACGAACACGGCGCGCGGCCUCGGCGGCGGCUUGGCCGACAUGGACACGUCCAACGACGACAAGUCUGACAACGAUGCCAGCGGCAUGGAUUGCCUCUCGCCGGACAAGCUCGACUGCGGUCAGUCCUGCAGCAGCGGCGGCGGCGGCGACACUCACCCACAUCAUCAUCAGCAACAGCAGCAACAGCAGCAACAGCAACAACAACAGCAACAACAACAACAACAACAGCAACAGCAGCAACAACAACAGCACCACCACCACCAUCACCACCAGCCAGCGCACUUCCAUCAGCUGCUCCAGGCGCACGGCGGAGCCAGCGCUGCAGCUGCGGCCGCCGCCUGCGGGGAGCAUCUCACCGGACAGGCGACUACGGCGACAGCAGCGGCACUGCACACAACGGCCAUGGCUGUGGCGCUGCAGCACCAGCUGACGGCUGCAGGCAUCGGUGGGCUGUUGAAGCCAGCGCCUGGGGUGGGCGUGGCCGGUGCCAUGUCUGGACUGAACAGUGCGCAGAGCAGCGCCGCAGCGUUGCAGCUGGCCGGCGAUGGGGACGCAAACACAUCGACACUGACGCUACUCGAUCCGCCCGGAGCUCUACUGCAUCCGGCACUGCGCAACGUGAAGGCCAUCAACAUAGGUGGUGGCCUGGGCCGUAAGCGACCGCUGCUGGGCGUUCCGCGAUCCGGCAUGAAUCCCACAAAGCGCACCGUGAUGAGCCUGCUGGCGCGGGCCAAGAACUCCCAGGCGCUGCACACUGUGCGCCAGCCGGUGGUGACAGCCACCAGUUUUGCCGAGCCCCUCCAGAUGCUGGCCUCACCCUUCAUCAUUCCGCACCAGGGCAUGGAUCAGUCCAUCAUAGCGCUGCCCAAGGAGAGUCUGGCCCAAGGCGUCUAACCCUACGACUUUUAUACGCUGCGCACCACAGAUGGUCGCACCUGACCGACUACAAUUUGCCCCGCCUCCUUCUUCUAAAGACACACACACACACACACACACACAAUCGCACACAUACUAACAAUUUAGGCUUACCAAAAUUACAAUUUAUGAAAUACGAUUUCUAAAUGAAAAACAUAUACGAUUGGAGUCGAUUGGAGAGGAGUCUUGAACGAGGAAGAGCAGCGAGAGCAGCCCAUACCAAGCCAUACCAAUACCAGAGAGCCUGUCUACACACGAUUUGUUUUAAGCGAAUUCUAAAUAAAUAACGCAAGUAUUUUUAAUGCGAUGUUUUAUUUCGAAAAAAGAGA